AUGUCUCUUCAGAAGCAACCAUCGCAUGUGCGUCCAGAAAUCUGGCACACAUGUGCUACCGCUGCCGUCAAAAUUCCAAAGUUGCAUUCAAGGGUUUAUUAUUUCCCACAAGGUCACCUAGAAAACGCUUCUCCUUCUUCUUCCUCCAUUACUCACACACACUCUUUUCUACAAAGUUUUCGUCCUUUCACUCUUUGUAUUGUCUCCGCUGUUGAUCUCCUUGCCGAUCCUCACACGGAUGAGGUCUUUGUUAAACUUCUACUUACUCCAAUAACCAACGAUGUCCAUCUUGAAAACCCUAAAGAAGAGGUUGCCAAUCUCAACGACCGCAAUGAAGUUGUUUCCUUUGUCAAGACUCUCACUCGUUCUGAUGUUAACAACGCUCGGUCAUUCCACAUACCUCGCUUUUGUGCCGAUAAUGUCUUCCCGCAGCUUGACCUAGAGGCCGAAUCCUCGUCUCAACACCUGUUCGUUACCGACGUUCAUGGUGAAGUUUCAAAGUUUUACCAUGUCUGCCGCGGGUUUCCCAAGAGAAACAUGUUAUAUAUCUCUGAAUGGAAUUCGUUUGUUAAGAGGAAGAAACUCGUAGCCGGAGAUUCUGUUAUUUUCAUGAAAGACUCAACGGGAAAGAUAUUCGUUGGAAUUCGCAGGAACACGCAGUUUGUUGCAGCGGCUGCAGAGCAGAAGAAGGAUGAGUUGGAGAAGGCAGUAAUGGAGGCAUUGAAGUUGGCGGAAGAGAACAAGGCAUUUGAAAUUGUUUACUAUCCCCAAGGUGAUGAUUGGUGUGAUUUUGUAGUGGAUGGUAAUGUUGUUGAUGAAUCAAUGAAGAUUCAAUGGAACCCUAGAAUGAGAGUUAAGAUGAAGACUGAUAAAUCUUCAAGGAUCCCAUAUCAAGGGACAAUCUCUAUUGUAUCUCGUACUUCUAAUUUAUGGCGCAUGCUUCAGGUUAAUUGGGAUGAAUUUCAAGUCUCGCAAAUUCCAAGACGUGUCAACCCGUGGUGGGUUGAGCUUAUUUCUCACAAACCUGCUCCGACGCCAUUCCCCCAAACAAAAAAAUUUAGAACUACUCAAAGUUCUGCCCAACUAAGUGAUAAAAAGGAAACAUUAUUGAAUGGUGAUGGUUUUCCUGUUGAUAUACAGCGAGUGAGGCAUGAUCUUGUUUCCAUAUCAGGUCCUAUACAUAGCCAUAUUAUUUUGAACUCCUCUGAAACAAAGUUUCCUGCGACUCACAAUUGCAACACCAAAAAUGACAGUGAUGGUUCAAUUAUGUUAUUUGGUAAGAUCAUACAGCCUCAUGUAAGCAAUUUUCACAAUUCUCAUAUCAAGGGAGAUGAUGGCUAUAAGAGCUGUGGAUUUGGUGUAAAGAACUAG